AUGAAGGCUCUUACCAUGAUCAGCGCCCUCAUUGGUGUGUCGGCCGCAGCAUUCGACCUCAAAUCGCUUUCCGGCCACGAAAUCGCCAGCGUGCAAGAGGCAGCAGCCAAAAUGAACGUCAAGGAGACCGUCGGAGCAGCAGCCAAAGAAGUGAAGGGUUUGCUCGGCGAAGCGUUUUCCAAUUUUGAUCCGGUAGCGUUUGCCAGCCUCAGCGCGAUGACAGAGCUUGAACAGAUCAAGGACUGGGCAUAUAACCAUCCUUAUGAGGUUGCAGCCCUGGCCGCAGGCUUGGGCAUCACGUUCGCACCGGGCAUUGCGACAACUCCACUGCUGGCCGCCGCAGGUUUCGGCGAGGGCGGCGUAGCGGCAGGGUCUUUCGCGGCGGGAGCGCAGUCACUUAUCGGAAACGUGGUUGGCGGGAGCGCAUUUGCCGUCCUUCAGAGUGCCGGGGCGGGUGGAUCUGGGCUUGCAACUCUCCAAGCAGUAGCAGGGGCAGUAGCAGGAGCCGUCACGGCUGUUGGCGGUGCCACCGCUGCUUUCGGCUUCCAUCGAAGGAGCGAAAUCUGA